GUGUACACACUGCCCACGCGGGAGCGUGUCAAGCAGGGAUGGAGUUUGAAGGGAGCCAGCCGUACUCUCGGAUGAAGGAGGGCACAGAAGAGAGAGACACAGGGACUGGCAGGGAGGCACAGCCGCAAGGCACCAUGGGAGAUGGAAUGCAGUGUGACAUCAUAAAGGCUGCUUCUGGCUCCGCCCCCUGGCUCCCUGCUAUCAGAUGCUGGCGUCCCUCAGGGCUGCUGGCCAGCAUCAUCACUGCAGCAUGUCUGCUAGCGUUGCUGUUCGGGGUGGUGUGGUCCAUCACCCAGAGAGAGUGUCUGCCUGGAGGGAAGCUGUUUGGCAUAGUGAUCUUGUUCCUCUGUGCUGUGUGUGGAGGAAACCUGGUGGGGAUGAUCAAGCUGCCCACUCUCCCCCCCUUCCCUCCUCUACUUGGGAUGUUGCUGGCUGGAUUACUGCUGCGUAAUGUUCCCUAUGUAACUGACGCGGUGUACAUCGACCAAACAUGGUCUGCUGCUCUGAGGAACAUCGCACUGGCCAUCAUAUUGACCCGUGCUGGACUGGGACUGGACCCUACGGCUCUGCGGAGGCUGAAAGCGGUGUGUUUGCGUGUGGCAGUAGGACCCUGUACAGUGGAGGCCUGCACAGUUGCAGUGGUGUCUCACUUCCUCAUGGGGCUCCCCUGGGUAUGGGGCUUCAUCCUGGGGUUUGUCCUGAGCGCUGUGUCUCCAGCGGUGGUGGUUCCCUCCAUGUUGCUCUUACAGAAGGAUGGUUAUGGGGUGCAGAAGGGCAUCCCCACCCUCCUGAUGGCUGCUGGGAGUUUUGACGACGUCCUGGCCAUCACCGGCUUCACCACCUGCCUGGGUGUGGCUUUUGCUUCAGGAUCGGCGUGGUAUAACAUGGGUCAUGGUGUGCUGGAGGUGCUUGGGGGCUCGGCUGCAGGGGCAAUCCUAGGAGUCUUCCUACAGCUCUUCCCCAGCAAAGACCAGGAGGACUUGGUGUUGAGGCGCUGCGUGAUGCUGCUGGGUCUGUCUCUCUGCGCCGUGUUCGGCAGCAGAGUGGUGGGCUUCCCUGGAGCUGGGGGGCUGUGUACCCUGGUCAUGGCCUUCCUGGCAGCCCUGGGCUGGGGGGGGGACAAGGCCCCAGUAGCAGCGAUGGUGGGGAGAGCGUGGGAUAUCUUCCAGCCUCUGCUGUUUGGACUGAUCGGAGCAGAGAUCACUGUGUCCACUCUGGACCCCAACACUGUGGGCUUGGGGAUGGCCUGUCUCUGUACAGGCCUGCUGGUUCGCCUUCUGGCUACCUUCCUCCUGGUUCACUUUGGAGGGUUCACCCUGAAGGAGAAGAUCUUCAUCUCUGUGGCCUGGCUUCCCAAAGCUACUGUCCAGGCAGCCAUAGGCUCCGCUGCCCUGGACAUGGCUCGUGUGGAGGGAGACGAGGUUCUGGUGAAGUUGGGUCUGGAUGUUCUGACGGUGGCGGUUCUGGCCAUCCUCACCACAGCUCCUGUUGGAGCGCUGGGGAUCGGACUGGCUGGACCCAGACUGCUGCACAGACACACUGAGGGCACUCAGGAAGACGCCCCAGGAGUGUCUGAGGACCCCGCUGCUGAGGGGAUGGAACCGGCAGAGAGCAGGAUGUGAAAUCAGCAUAUCAGAGACCAGGAGUGGUUUGAAGUCACAUGAUAUUUGGGACUUGGUAGUUCUAGUGAAGCUGUAGUUUUUCCUGUCUCCAGCCACCUUAACCAGGAAGCAGGAUGUGUUCCAUCGCUGCUCUGGAUGGACAAAGCUGGACAGAGAAUACCUUCAGACCUCCAUCCCUCUCUCCCUCCAUCCCUCUCUCCCUCCCUCCCUCUCUCCCUCCAUCCCUCUCUCUGUCUUCUCCUGUCUCUGUAAAGAGGAACUUAUUCGCAGUGAGCCUGACUGGGGUUGAUAUACUGCAGCUGAUAUAUAGGACAAUAAA